AUGUCGACCAGAGAUAUCAAGCCCCUCGACUAUGAUGAGAAACCGCCAGUAGAAUCCAGCGAUCGCCGAACAUCUCUUGAGAAUGGAGUCGGCGAAAUCAUACAUACAAUCAACGCCUCAGGCCAUCGAGAUCAACUACAACGGCAUUACGGUCCUCUACAGAUCUGUGGUCUGGCCUUGAACAUCGACUCUGCCUGGGUAGCCUUUGCCGGCUCCUUGAUCCUUUCUCUUCCCAAUGGCGGCCCUGCUGGCGUAAUAUACGAAUUGAUCACUGCUUGCAUUUACUAUGGCAUUAUUGCAGCAUCAAUCGCUGAAGUAAGUCAGAAAUCAGAAUGA